GGUAUCGAUUCUAGAUCACGAGAAUCUCGGGGACAGACUGGCGCGGGUGUUCAUAAAGCUCAGACGGUUUUUCGUGAGCUAGCGAGAGAGCGACCGAUCGUACGUCGUUGCGAGCGGGAGGGACCCUGAGAACUGUUACGAAAGAGAGAGCCGGGACCAAAGGACAAGGCCAGCCCUUUGCUACACCAUCGGGAGGACAGUGCCGAAUAGCUGCAGUGAGGAAAAGAAAAGUCAUAGAGUCAAUCGUAUUGAAUAAAAAAUUGGACAAUGGAUCUUGGAUCUUUGCGCUAUACAAAAAAUAUCUUAAAUCAUCUUACGAUAAACCAAAGGGUGUUCUACGAGAAGAAUGGAUAUUUAGUAUUUCCGGGCCUUAUACCGCAAGAUGUGAUCGAUGAAUGCCACAAAAGAUUUGAUGAUAUUAUCGAAGGCAAAGUUUCACGAAACGGAAUCACAAUGAUGUAUGAUGUAAAGGACAGGAAAUCAGUAAAUAGAAUACAGGACGUAAAUCGGGAUCCGAUAUUCCGUCAUUAUUUCGAGCACAAGAAAAUCCUCGACAUAGUCGAAUGCUUUACGGAACCAAACAUUUUAGCGAUACAUAGUAUGCUCAUCGCGAAGCCGCCCGACAUUGGAUUUGGUAGUUCAAGACAUCCGCCGCACCAAGACCUGUACUAUUUACCGAUACGUCCCGCCGAUCAUAUAGUGGCCGCGUGGACAGCCAUGGAACCAUGUGAUACCGAAAAUGGAUGUCUUUAUGUAGCACCUGGAACACACACCAUGGAGCGCCUGUACCAACAUAGUUAUCCUUUAAAUUCGGAUGGCACGAUAAAUAAGUUUUUUUACGGAAUACAGGAUUUGCCUUCAAUCAACCGAUGGGUGAAUCUCGAGAUGCAAUCGGGCGACACAGUAUUCUUCCAUCCGUUGCUCAUUCACGGAUCCGGCGUCAACAAAUCCAAGAGAACCAGACGGGCCAUUUCCUGCCACUAUGCGGCAGCGGAUUACAAUGUGGCCGAUGACGAUCCAAUUCAAGACACCAUUAGAAAUGAAAUCUUGGAAUACAUGAAGAAAAAAUAUCCCGGAUUGAAUGCAACAUACGCGGAUUUAUGGCGCUUCAAAUUUAUGCUUGUGCGCGGCCUUAAAUCUUCUUUUUAAAAGUUUAAAGGUUAAAUUAUUGUAUCUUAAAACAGGGAUAAUGAUCGAGAAUAAAACGUUAACAUAGUUUCGAUGUAAAUAGAAUUAAUAUAGGAAGAGAGGUCAAUAUAGGAUUCAUUUAAUGGACAAUAUAAGGUAUGAUAUUCGGGAAAAAGAUGGGUAAAUAACAUUACUAUAGAAGAAGAAAUAACGACAACGACAGGACUGUCGCCGUUAUUAUUUAAUGAAUUAAAAUUGUGUCGAUGUCGCUGAGAAUUCAACGGCUGUGAGACGUAACAAUGCUUCGCGAAAGAAUCCUUGUAAGUGUUCUCGUGUUGCACGCCCGAGCUCGAUGUGUGACAGGGGGCCAAGCAAAUCUGAAAGCGAUUCGGAUUACGUAUACGUAGUCUCCCAUCGUUUUUUGGCAUCCUCGCGGAAGCUGACUUUCGACCUUUUAAUUAUAGGAUUGACUGAAAUAAAUGUAUACCUAUUUUAA